AUGAAUUCGGAAUUUGAUGAUGUUCUAACCAACCAACCAGUGGUCAUUGACAAUGGCUCGGGUGUUAUCAAGGCAGGCUUUGCUGGAGAGGAACAACCCAAAUGUUUCUUCCCGUCCCUAGUGGGUCGACCAAAGCAUGUGCGCAUCAUGGCAGGUGCAGUGGAAGGAGAUACAUUCAUUGGACGUAAAGCACAAGAAUAUCGAGGACUACUCAAGAUCCGAUACCCCUUGGAACAUGGCAUUGUCACUGACUGGGAGGAUAUGGAACGAAUCUGGCAAUACAUUUAUACGGAUGAACUCAAGACAUUGUCUGAAGAGCAUCCUGUAUUAUUGACCGAAGCGCCCCUGAAUCCACGCAUGAACCGUGACACCGCUGCUCAAAUGUUUUUCGAGACAUUCAACGUACCAGCACUCUUCACAUCCAUCCAAGCUGUUCUUUCUUUGUAUUCAUCCGGUCGUACUACUGGUAUUGUCUUGGAUUCGGGUGAUGGUGUGACGCAUGCUGUGCCUGUUUAUGAAGGUUUUGCCAUUCCUCAUGCCAUUCGUCGUAUUGAUAUUGCCGGCAGAGAUGUGACCGAAUACUUGCAAUUGCUUUUACGUAAGGCUGGUUACAACUUCCAUACCACUGCCGAAAAGGAAGUCGUGCGCAUCAUCAAGGAAAAGACAUGUUACAUUGCACAGAAUCCAGUCAAGGAAGAAAAGGAAAUGGGAGGCAAGAUGGAUGACUUUAUGCUUCCUGAUGGCAACAUUAUCAAGUUGGGUGCUGAACGUUUCCGUGCUCCUGAAAUCCUAUUCCAGCCCGAGAUCAUUGGUGAAGAAUAUCCUGGCAUCCAUCAAGUCAUUGUGGAUUGUAUCAAUCGUGCCGAUCUUGAUCUCAGAAAGUCCUUGUAUUCAAAUGUUGUCUUGUCGGGUGGAUCAACCCUUUGCAAAGGCUUUGGUGAUCGACUGUUAUCGGAAAUCAAGCGAUUGGCAUUAAAAGAUAUCAAGAUUAAGAUUUAUGCACCCCCAGAGCGCAAGUAUAGCACUUGGAUUGGUGGUUCCAUUUUGGCUUCGCUUAGCACAUUCAAGAAGAUGUGGGUCUCUGCAGAAGAAUAUCAGGAGGAUCCAGAUAUCAUUCACAAAAAGGCAUUCUAG